AUGAAGGUAACGCUCAUGCCAUGCCGUAUACGUUGGAGGAUGGGAGCAGAAAAAGGGAUACUAUUUUUGUACUUGGAAAAUGACGAAAUAAAAUUAAAAGUUCAAAGUUUAUACUUCUAUCAAGUUCAAGGUCAACUUAAAAUUACAAAGAGGGAUCUAUGUUAUUUCGUUAUUCAUACAGAUUCUUGGACACAAAUUUUAAAAAUUAAAUUUGAUUUGUCAUUUUGGAAAAUUAAAAUGGAAGAACAGUUGAAAUUGUUUUAUAUGGAAUGUAUGCUGCCCGAAAUUGUGGACCCACUUUAUCCAAAAAGGAUGUUAAAGUCGGAUAUCAGAGAACCACACAGAAUAAUACAAGCUAAUGCUGAGAAAAAAAAAAUUUAA